GGCGGAGCUGCGGAGGAGGGGCGGGCUCGAGCCCGGGACCCUGGCCUAUUACAGUAUGCAACCUCGGGUGUCCAGGGGGCGGGAGGGAAGAGGGGAGGGCGGCGCUCGGUGAAAGGCUCAUUGAUGCGGCGGGCUGCAGAGCUCCGCCAGACGCGGACCAGGGCCGGGCCCCGCCGACCCCUCUACCUCCGGCUCCCGGGCGCUGCGCAGCCACCGCACACCAUGCACCCCCAAGGUCGCACCGCCUCCCCGCGGCUGCUGCUCGGCCUCUUCCUUGUGUCGCUGCUGCUGCUGCAGUUGCCGGCGAAGUCCAGCGCCUCCGAGAACCCCAAGGUGAAGCAAAAAGCGCUGAUCCGGCAGAGGGAGGUGGUAGACCUGUACAAUGGAAUGUGCUUACAAGGGCCAGCAGGAGUUCCUGGUCGUGAUGGGAGUCCUGGAGCCAAUGGUAUUCCUGGCACACCAGGAAUUCCAGGUCGGGAUGGAUUCAAAGGAGAAAAGGGGGAGUGCUUAAGAGAAAGCUUUGAGGAGUCCUGGACCCCAAACUACAAGCAGUGUUCGUGGAGCUCACUGAAUUACGGCAUAGAUCUUGGGAAGAUUGCGGAAUGUACAUUUACGAAGAUGCGCUCCAACAGUGCCCUGCGUGUUCUGUUCAGCGGUUCACUUCGGCUAAAGUGCAGAAAUGCUUGCUGUCAGCGCUGGUAUUUUACAUUUAAUGGAGCUGAAUGUUCAGGACCUCUUCCCAUUGAAGCCAUCAUCUAUCUGGAUCAAGGGAGCCCUGAAUUAAAUUCAACAAUUAAUAUUCAUCGUACUUCUUCUGUGGAAGGACUGUGUGAAGGGAUUGGUGCUGGGUUGGUAGAUGUGGCCAUCUGGGUUGGCACCUGCUCUGAUUACCCUAAAGGAGAUGCUUCUACUGGAUGGAAUUCAGUGUCUCGCAUCAUUAUUGAAGAACUACCAAAAUAAAUCCUCCGAAGCUUUCAUUUCCUACCUCUUUUAUUUUUAAAACCAAACCUUUGAAUGGUUCAUUUAAAUGACAUUUAAGGAAUCGCUUUAUGUACCCAGCUAAAUGAAAAUGCAAAGUUAAAUAUGUUUACAGACCAAAGUGUGAUUUCACACUUUUAAAUCUAGCAUUAUUCAUUUUACUUCAACCAAGAAUGGUUUCGGGAUUUUUUUUCCAUUGAUUACUUUGUUCAUGAUUCUUUUCUUGGAACCUAUAUAUUGGAGUGUCAUUGUGAUCGUUCCUAUUUCCUAUUUCCUACUGUCAACAUUUUAAAAAAUAUAAAAGUUGGCCGGGCGUUGGUGGCGCACGCCUUUAAUCCCAGCACUCGGGAGGCAGAGCCAGGUGGAUCUCUGUGAGUUCAAGGCCAGCCUGGGCUACCAAGUGAGUUCCAGGAAAAGGCGCAAAGCUACACAGAGAAACCCUGUCUCGAAAAACAAAAAACAAAAAACAAAAAUAUAUAAAAGUUAUGUCAUUGUACGAGCUGUAAAUGUUUAGAAUUGUUUUAUAUCUGUUAAAUAAAAUGUUUCAAAUAGC